CAAAUAAAAUAUAAAAAAAAGAACCCGAAAUGGGCUUUACGUUGUUCCACAAUGGCUACCUAAACGUAACAAGCUCGAUCGGCCUGCAAACUACUUUUAUAUAAACUUAAAACUGCCCCCUUUACGGCACUCCCCAAACCCUAAUCUUCACUCUGCUCUCGCUGAUAGCCUUACAGCGUCCACAUCUCUGCAACCGGCUGGUAGCUAUACACUUAAAAUUUUUCUAGCAAUGGCGGUUGCAUUCCAUGCUCUCAACACACCAGCUGGCCUCAAGAAACUCGAUGAGUACCUUCUCACUCGUAGUUACAUCACUGGAUAUCAAGCUUCUAAAGACGAUAUUACCGUCUACUCAGCAAUUCCCAGCGCCCCAUCAUCUGAUUUGGUCAACCUCACUAGGUGGUUCAAGCACAUCGAUGCGCUUUUGAGGAUUUCUGGUGUUACUGGAGAAGGGUCUGGAGUUACCAUUGUGGGAUUUGCUCCUGUUUCUGGAGCAGUUGCAACUCCUCCUACUGGUGACACCAAGGCUGCUGCUGCUGACGACGACGAUGAUGAUGAUGUGGAUCUGUUUGGUGAAGAGACUGAAGAGGAGAAGAAGGCUGCAGAAGAGCGUGCAGCUUCUGUUAAGGCAUCUUCUAAAAAGAAAGAGUCUGGCAAGUCUUCUGUUCUAAUGGAUGUUAAGCCAUGGGAUGAUGAGACUGACAUGAAAAAGCUUGAGGAAGCAGUCAGAGGUGUUGAGAUGGAAGGACUAUUCUGGGGAGCAUCCAAGCUUGUAGCCGUGGGGUAUGGUAUUAAGAAAUUGCAGAUCAUGCUUACUAUUGUGGAUGACCUAGUGUCAGUUGAUACACUCAUUGAAGAACGGUUGACUGUGGAGCCUAUCAAUGAAUAUGUCCAGAGCUGUGACAUUGUUGCCUUCAACAAGAUCUAAAGAGGGGUGGAUGUCGAUGAUACCUGAGGGUGCAUUUGGAAAGGUUUGAAGCGGUGGUUCUGCCUCCUAUAUGCUCUUUUCCGUUUCCAUAUCUUGUUAUGAGAAGUGAAUUGCCAGUUGCCUUAUUUGAAGAACUAUAGCCAGUUGCCUUGUAACUCAUUUACUUUUGUUCAAUCAUUCUUGGAGUCUUGGAGAGAGAAUCAUUAUCUGUAGUUGUGCUUGUGUCGUGUAUUGAGACGUCUUUUCUUGAGGCGUUUUCGUGGUAUAGUCGUAGGUCAGAAGCGUAAGUGCAAUUAAGCCAUGCCAUGAUAGUGUUUGCUGCACUGGAAAUAUUUGACCCUACAUAUGUGACUUGUUAAUUGAUAUUAAAAAAAUAACCAGGCUUGUUAAGUUUUAGGGUAAUACAAUAUAUUAG